UGCCGACGUUUCGCGAAAGCCAGCCAGAGGGCGGAGGAGCAGCAAAGUGACGUUUGUUGUUUAUUUCAAAAGUGCAAGUGUUUUAUUGUUGUAUUUUCUUGGAGGAAUCAAAAUUCGCAUUGGCGUCAUGGUCGAUUACAGCAAGUGGAAGAAUAUUGAGAUUUCCGACGAUGAGGAUGAGACGCAUCCAAAUAUUGACACCCCUUCACUUUUCCGGUGGAGGCACCAGGCCAGAGUUGAGCGCAUGGAAGAAAUGAAGAAAGAAGCGGAAGAAAUCCAGAUAAAGAGGGAGGAAAAUGCUAAGAAGGUCUCGCAAGCCAAGCAGAAGCUGGCGGAAGCCGAGAAGGCCGGAGAUGCGAAUUUGAGGGAACUUAAGGACGCUCUGGCCGCGCUGGAGAAGGAAAUGGAAGCGAUUAAGAAGAAACAGGAAGAACACGAGAAGAAAGAAAAAAUGGCCCCGUGGAAUGUGGACACAAUUAGUCAGCCAGGUUUUGCAAAGACUGUUAUUAAUAAGAAAGCUCCGAGACCGAAGGACGAACAAUUAACGGAUGAAGAGAAGGAAAGUCGCAUGAAAAAUUUUGUAAAAGAAAACGAGAAGAAUUUGAAGCACUUUGGAAUGUUGCGACGUUAUGAAGACUCUCGGGCUUUUCUCAGGGACCACCUUGAAUUGGUUUGCGAAGACACAGCUAAUUACCUCGUCAUCUGGUGCAUCAAUUUAGAAAUGGAAGAGAAACAUGACCUUAUGGAGCACGUGGCGCACCAGACCAUCUGCAUGCAGUACAUCCUAGAACUAGCCAAACAAUUAGACUACGACCCUCGCGGCUGCGUGGACCCCUUUUUCUCCAAAAUCCAAAUAGCUGAUCCUCUUUACAAAAAAUCGUUUGACGAUGAAUUAGACCAGUUUAAGGAGAGGAUCAGACGACGCGCAGCUGAGAAGAUUGAAGAGGCCAUAAAAGAAGCAGAGGAGGAGGAGAGGAAAGCGAGGAUAGGGCCAGGAGGGUUAGAUCAGCUUGAAGUCUUGGAAAGUCUUCCCGAGAAUUUACGAAAAUGUUUCGAGACGCAAGACAUCCAAAUGUUGCAAGACACAAUCAAGGAAAUGGAUGAAGAAGAGGCCAACUAUCACAUGAAGAGGUGUGUUGCUGCGGGUCUUUGGAUACCUGAUGCCAAAAAGAAGGAAGAAGAAGAAGCUGGGCCUUCUGAUGAGCAGUCAAAACCCUAAAGUCACUUGCUUUACAAUUUUUGUUAUUUAGCCUUUAUUUCCUAAGAAUGCAAAUUUAUUGUAUUAAUUUAUUAGGAAUGCUUGAAGAUUAAUAAAUUUCUUUACUUUAUAAA